CCCUGAUAUCAUCUUGUCAUCUGAACACAACUGAAGAAAGAGUUUCAGUUUCACAAAACCUAUCAUUAAAGACAUAAGUUUCCCCAACAAAUCUUCUAAUUUCCAGGUCAGUAUGGGGGACUGGGGAUUCCUCUCCAAGUUACUUGACAAAGUGCAAUCUCACUCAACCAAUAUCGGAAAGGUGUGGCUGACAGUUCUGCUGAUCUUCAGAAUAAUGGUUCUUGGCGCUGGACUUGAUAAAGUCUGGGGAGAUGAGCAGUCCAGCAUGGUCUGCAACAUCAAAACUCCUGGUUGCUUAAACGCCUGUUACGACACUGCCUUCCCAAUUUCCCACAUGCGUUUCUGGGUGCUUCAAUUCAUCUUUGUGGCCACACCAACUCUGCUCUACUUUGGCUAUGUUUUGCACGUCAUCCACAAGGAAAACAAACUGAGACGCCAGUUGCAAAACAAGGCUGAGAUAAGUGGCGUCAAACUACCCAAGUACACUGAUGAUAAUGGGAAGGUUUACUACAAAGGAAGCCUGCUUGGUUGUUAUAUGAUGAGUCUAAUAUUGACUAUUGUGUUUGAGGCAGGUUUUAUUGUGGGCCAACAUUAUUUAAUUGGCCUUUGGAUGCCUAAAAAGAUGGACUGUUAUGUGGAACCUUGCCCUAAGGUUGGCCUACAUUGUUUCACAUCCCGUCCAACGGAAAAGACCAUCUUUAUCAUCUUCAUGCUUGCAAUAGCGUGUGUGUCUUUAGCUUUGAAUGUAGGAGAGAUAUUUUAUCUGAUGGGUCAAAGAGCCAAGCACAGAAAACACCCAACGUUUGAAAUACAAAAUAGAACCCCCACUGAGACAUUUUGCUAAAAUAAAUUCAAAGUCUGUCUUUAUAAUUUCAAUGUAUAUUUUUAGAGCAUUAUUUAGAAGCACUAAUGUAACCACUUGUGUAAUGAUUCAGAUUAACAGAGAUAUAAAUGACAACAGGAAUAAACAGACAGUUUGUGUAACUGCUGUAAGCGCUCUAUCACACAGUGAUGAUCACAUUAAAUCAUAAUUCUGAUU